CUUCAAAUUACUCUCUCUCUCUCUCUCUCCAAUAGCAUGAUGAAACCAAUAUUUGUUUACGCAAUUGUCACAAUUGUCAUUCUGUUUCUCCUCUCCCGCUCAUCCAACAAAACAGAACCAGAUCAGAUUCACAAUUCUCACCCCACCGAACAAACUGUUUCCGAGUGGGAGGAAGAAGAUGAAUUCAAUCUCAAAAACAAAAUCGUCCACAUCUUCCCACAAAUUGAUGUUGAUCCCACUGAUCAGUUCAUCUCCGUUCAUGAAUUGACUCAGUGGAACCUUCACCAUCACACUCAGAGAGAGAUGGUCAUUUACGAUAAGGACCAUGACGGAUUUGUUUCUUUCUCCGAUCUUAACAGUUCCAUCACAGAUGAUGAUUCUUUUGGUUAUGAUAUGAGGCUGUUGGAAGAAGAGCAUUUUAAUGCAUCCGAUGCAGACGGAGAUGGUCUUCUAAACUUUGCUGAAUUAAAUGAUUUUCUUCACUCGGCUAACAGCAACAGCCCAAAGCUUCAACAAUGGUUGUGUAAAGAGGAAGUCAGGGAAAGUGAUAUGGACAGAGAUGGGAAGGUCAAUUUUAGAGAAUUCUUCCUUAGGCUCUUUCAUUUGGUAAGAAAGUAUGAUGAAGAAAAUUACAUUGAUCCACAUCAUUCUGAUGAUUCAAUGGAUGCUUCAGCUAAACUUUUGUUUUCUCAGCUUGACAAAGAUUGCGACGGGUUUUUGUCGGAUACUGAACUACUGCCUGUAAUUGGGAAACUCCAUCCAUCUGAGCAUUAUUAUGCAACAAAACAAUCAGAAAACUUCAUUUCACAGGCACAGGAUAACAAAGAUGGGCACCUUAGUUUGACUGAGAUGAUUGAGAAUGCGCAUAUAUUAUAUGCUGCUAUUUUCCCAGAUGAGUUCUUUUAAGUACUUGUUCUUUGAAGUUCUUCAGUCGUCGACAGGGGCGGACCUCUUCGAGGCUUGGUGUGGCUAUAGCCACACCAGCCCAGCUCAGCUCAAUUUUUUUUUUUUAAAAAAUAAAUAAAUAUUUUAUAAAUAAUUUUAGGUCAUUUUGUAUAUAUAUUCAUACAAAUAUUAAUGUAAAUAUUAGUUUAGAGUUUAUUAUUGAUGACUCUAAGUCCCUCGUACAUAUAUUAGUUUAAGCAUUAGUGCAAAUAUUAGUUUCUAGUCUAUUAAUGAUGUCAAGUCUUUCAUUAUAUGUAAAGUAUUAUUUUAAGCUAUAUAUAGUUUAAUUUUAUAACAAUUAACUUUAACUUUGUUUGACAAAAAAAUGUGAAUAACUAAUUGAAUUUGUAGUAUUGGGUAAAAUUGUCAAUUCAACUGGAAUAUAAAUAUGAAAUAACAUAAUUAAUAUUUAAUUUUUUGAAGUAAGAUAGAGUAAAAUUGAAAUAAAAAUUAAUUAGUUAUAAACUAAUUGAAUUAGUUUAUCAAAAUAAACUAUAUGCUAGUAUAAUUUUGUGUUCUAUAUAUUUUGGUCUAAGGUAGAAUCUUGUGAAGACUCUAACAAUAGUGAUAUGCAUGAUUUAACAAUUAUAGUCUUUUUCUUAUUCGAAUAGAAAUUUUGUGGUUUUUUUUUAUGUUUGUUUUUUUUAAAAGAAAUUUUAUAGUUCGUUGAUUUGUUGUUCUUUUUUUGGAGAUACAUGUUAUAUUGUUUGUUGUUCAACUGAAUUAUAAGUGAAUUUUUUUUUCGAGUAGUGCCUAAAAUUUUUAGCCCCACCAAUUAUUUGUGUCUGGGUCCGCCCCUGGUCGUCGAUCUCAACUACAUUCAGUGAAGAUUUUCGUUCUUAUAUUCUGUAAUCAUUGAUUGCAGGAAAUUUUGGCAAAUGAGUCUAAAUUUGAAUACCAUCAUUGCAAUUUUUUGCAAUAUCAGUGACAUUGAGUCAGUUUUGAGUUGAAUGGCACAAGCUCAUUGUAGCAGCAGGGAACAAAAUUGGUAGUGGUACUAAUAAUGGACAAGAACUGGAUCUUCAAUUGGUGUUGCUAAUAAGCGUCGAAUGCUCAUGAAAUCAAAAAAAGGAGUUGGUGAGUGCUAAACUCACGUUGGGCAAUGAUUUUGAGCAGGUGCAGUUAGUAGGAUUUCAAGUCAGCAGCAAGUGAAUGGAGAGAUCUAACAUGUUUGGUACCAUGGUGAGUUUGUUGAGAUUACAGUGUAGCUUUUGGAAAAUCAUGAUGGCUCAUCCUGAUUUCGGAAAACUCAUUAUGAUACCAAACAUGCAUUAUGCGAUUAAGAUUGGGUGCUAAAUGUCUUUAGCUAUUGUUUUAUUGUUAUGUUUAAUGUUUUCUUUGCUGUACUGUGUUUUGUGAAUCGUUUGUUUUUGUGGCUGUGGCCUAUGGGUGUUCUAGACCGUGCAAACUCUGUAAUUUUUAUUGUUCUUUCCUUAGCAGUCUUGUGCCUAGAUUAGAGCCAUAAUAAUGUAUUUCUUUGCAUCUUAAUAAUUAGACUGACUUCAAUCAUAUCACCGGCAAAGACAUGGAGAGUCAUAUUUUUUACUUUUAAAGAAUAUUGUUGACAGUCGUUAAAA